GUGGCGUGUGAGUCAUUAGCUGGUGGUCACGAGAGGUUACUUGACUUCAUGAUAGCUAUAUAUUGUUGGGACGAAUCAAAACCUCUCAGUUGAUAACUGUGUUUGGCUGUGCUGUGUUAGUUACUGGCGUUCUCAGCGUGCAUAAAAUAAGAUUGCAGUAAACAUCAGUUGUCCAAAAUGGCGUCAGAAGCCACAGUUUCAUUCAAAGCGUACUUACGCCGUAAUAACUCCCAGGAAAAUCCAGAGGUUCGUCGGUUCGGAGUGGACGGAAACGUUGUCUCCAGUUUUACUUACAUGAAAGAGAAACUCCAGGUAGUUUUCCCGUCCUUGAAAGGGAAAUUAUUCACAGUCUCUUGGAAAGAUGCUGAUGGAGAUGAUGUUUUGAUAUCGAGUGAUGAAGAGCUGAUCAUAGCGUUGACGGACGGCAAGUCUGAUGUCUACAAGUUGUACGUCGAUGUUAAAGGAGAUCUGAAAGAUAUACCAGAAGCAAUGCAUGUUGAAGUGGUCGUGUUUGCAGAGUCGGCCGUGGGGGACGACGUACACGUGGGCGUGGUCUGCGACGGCUGCUCGGGCUCCGUCGAGGGCUUCCGCUACAAGUGUGCCAUGUGCCCCAACUACGACCUCUGCCCCAGCUGCGAGGCCAAGGGCAUUCAUGCCGAGCACAUCAUGCUGCGACUGCCAGCCCCUCACAUGUGGCACCCUCGCUUCAAGCACCACCUGGUGCACCGCCUGGUCAAGUCGGUGCGCAAGUGCGAGGGCAAGAAGGAGGAGGACGGCCACCGGCGCGGGCGCGGCGGGAAGCACGGCCACGAGAGACACUGCUCGCCGGAGGAGACCUGGCGCGGCAAGCACGCCCACGACCGGCGCUGCUCCCCCGAGGAGCCCCAGGAGCCCGCCGGCCCCAGCGGCCGCCAGCGCGGGGGCUGCCCCAUGCGCGGCCAUGGCGGCCGGCCCAGCUUCGUGGACUUCCUGUCCUCCUACCUGGGCGAGAACGUGUCCAAGGACUCCAUGGAGUCCAGGGAAUACUUGAAGACCAUCGGCCGCACCGUGGCUCAGUUCUUGGACCCUCUAGGCAUCGCCGUGAACGUGGAGCUGCGGACGGAUGAGGACGCGGAAGGUGCGAAGCCCAAGGAGGCGGACCAGGCGGGCCGGAAGGCGAGCCCUGACGCCCAGCAGAAGGUGCGGUUCGCCGGUGAUGCCGCCGACUCCGCCCCGCCGCCCGAGGUGGUGGUCUGCGAGAGUGUGGAGAUGAUGGAUGAGAGCAGCCAGUCGUCGCAGCCGAGGGCCGAGGGGCGCGACCCCGAGCUGGAGCACUGGACGCUGGUGAACAACGCCGGGGGCUCUGCCCCCGCGGAAGAGCCGGAGGCACAGGUGCCGUCGGCUCCAGCUGUGCCGGCGAGCAGCGAAGCGUCGGUGCAGACACACGCCACGGCGGUGGCGGAGAACGCAGCUGCUGUGGCGGCGGCCGCGGCUGCUGAGGCCCGUCGCCUGGCGGCCGCCGCGAUGCAGCACGCGGGAGCCGCGGGGGGGUUCACGGUGCGCCCCGGGGUGCUGUACCCCGCGCUGGCCCCUCAGCCGCCGCCGGCCGCCACCCAGGACGACUCCGCUCGCGCCCCCCGCCCACCCUGAUCCGAAGGUUGCUGAAGCGGUGACCAUGAUGAUGUCGAUGGGGUUCAGCAAUGACGGCGGUUGGCUGACACAGUUGCUGGCGAGCAAGGGGGGGGACAUAUCCCAGGCCCUGGAUGUGCUUCAGCCGGUGAGGAGAACCUGAGCCGAUCCUCUCCUUGUGCAGCCCGCUGGACGGAAUAAAUAAUUACAUAUAGAUCUUCUUUUGUCUUUGUCUCUUUUUAAUAAGUAAUAUUCCAGAAAGAUGUCGUGGAGGGAUCGAGAGUUUGUAAAAGGUGUUUGCCAGUUUUCAUUUCAUCAUGUGGGAAAUGAAACCAAGACCUUAUUUGGAGCAUAUGACCAUAAAGGAUGUUGAAUUGCAGUGUGCUGAUGACAUUAGGCCUGAUUCACAAUGUAACUAGUGACUUCAGACUAAUAUUUAGGAGGGGCUUUUGGUUUGUAACAACUUUUAAUUUUAUUUUCAUAAAAGACCUUGUUUUAACUUGGAUGAGGGAAGCUCUUGAUAGUAUUUUCCAAGAGUUAUUGUAGUGUGUAGUAAAAAAUGUAAAUUUUUUAUGUGAUUCUGAGAACGGGAUAUUUUUAAGUGAUAAGUUUUCAUUUUUUACAUGAUAUGGUUGGAACAUUUAUUGAGAACCUUUUAUUUUGUAAGCAGUAGAGCAGCGUUUCCCUAACAGUACUCCCCAGAGUUCUGCAAUUGAUUAUCUGUGACACUGUCGGUGGCAGUUAAGAUAGCAAAAUUUAAUAAGAGGAUCACUAAUGUAAAAACUAAAAAGAAAUAUUCAUUCUGUUAAUUAUUUUAGAUCCAUUUAUGCAUUCACCUGUGCCAUGCAAACCUCACUUCCAGUGAUUUAUAUUUGAAUGCUAAAUUAGUAUGAUGGUCAGUUGACAGUCAGUGGGCUCCACGAGAAAAAUUUUUGCUUCAAAAAGGGCUCAGUGGCCAAGAGUUAGGAAACCGCUGCAGUAAAGACGUUCUUCCCGAAAAAAGCUAUAGUGAGACUUAUCUUACCUGUAACCCAUACAUGUAUCUUGAACUGAUGUUGAAGACUGCUUUUCAAUAUAUGUAUUAGUUUUGUGUGGCAAUAUUUUAAUACAUUGUAGCAUUUAAAAACAACUACAAGUGGCUUGUGUAUUUCUGUUGCUCAGUAGUAAAAGAUCAGAAAUGUGUUGUUCAGAAAUUCCUAGUUUUCCAUACAAUUGAUUGUAAAGUAAAUUGGUAGAACAAACUGAUAUGUAGGCUUAGGUUUCAAUAAACAGUACUAUGUAUGUUGAGUUCUGAA